AUGUGGAGUCUUUUUCAACUCCUCGUGGUUGUUGCCAUAAUAGCAGAAAAGCAGGUCACAUGCGGGUCCGUUUUUAAACUGGUUCACCCGGAUCUCGGCAUCCGUCUGCAUUCCCAUGAAGUUCAGUAUGGCAGCGGUAGUGGACAGCAGUCAGUUACCGGUGUAAAAGAUGCCAUCGAUGGAAAUAGUUAUUGGCAGGUAUUGGAGCGUAAUGGCAGUCCACAAUGUAUUCGAGGUCGGGUAAUCAAAUGCGGUCAGAAGGUUCGGUUGCUGCAUGUGUCCACUCGCAAAUUCCUUCAUAGCCAUCACUUCCAGUCUCCUCUUUCUGGCAAUUAUGAAGUGUCCGCAUUUGGUGAGGAUGGUGUGGGAGAUGAAGGUGACGAUUGGCAAGUCUUGUGCGAUGGUCCUCAUUGGUUGCGGUCCUCGAGAAUCCGUUUGAAGCAUAUCUCAACAGAAGGUUAUCUUCACGUUUCUGGGCGGCAGUACAACCGACCAAUAACGGGUCAGUAUGAAAUUAGUGCUAUCUCAAGGUCAUCCGGUGCUGCCUAUUGGGAAGCCAGUGAAGGUGUGUACCUCAAGCCAACACAAACCUCAGCACAUCAGAAUGACUCUGGUGUUCACGAUGAAUUGUGAUAUUUCAGGCUCUUCAUGAUCUGAUUCAUAUUUCAUAUCGACGGCAAGUCUCCUUCACAGCACCGCAGCUGAUAAGUUUGUUCCCCCGCUUUUCCCUAUUCUGCUCUCGUGCACUCUUUUUAUCGCGUUUUUAUUGUUUGUCGGUUUACUUUUGUUUCUCACGAGAUGUAAAAUAUACCUAAUUUCUU